AUGACAUUUCGUCUAUUUGUUUACAAUUUUGCGAUUUCACUCGAUUUAAUAAACUUUUAGAAAUUAUCUAGUGGCGGAAAAUGGAAAACAAGAGUGAUAAGAAUUCUUUGGUAGACAUUGUCGUAAAGCAAGAGGUGGAUGAAGUAGAAUCAAUUGCAAAUGUUCAGGACAAUUGCAAUGACGAGGAUGGUAGCAUUCCAUUGACAGUGAACUCACUGCUGAUUCCAAGCCUGAACCAAGGGCGGCUCGAGAAGCUGUAUGAAUGCGAAAUAUGUGGGGCGACACACCGGAAUAUGGGUCUUCUCGGGGCGCACAUGGCCAAAGUGCACAGCAACAAGGUGAGAUACAACUGCCCACACUGUCCGGCCGUGUUCCGGAAGCGACAGGCGCUGAAGCGGCACGUCGCAUUGGAUCAUGUGUGUGGCUAUUGCGGCUUGUGUCUGGUGAGCAAGACUGAGAAGUCCGCACACGUUGCGGAGACACACGGAGAGGACAAAUAUAUCGCACAGAAGCGUCACAGGAAGUCGUACGCCUGUCACGAUUGCGGAAGGAUUUACACGUGCAGAGACGUGUUCCGGAAGCAUCUGAACCGCCAUGGAAAGGUCGCCUCGAAGGAGUCGCGCAAGUGCAAACUGUGCUCGCAGCAGUGCAGGACUGAAGCCACGCUGAUCACUCACUUGAGCACACACGCGACUCUUGUGCCCUUAGCCUGCUCAGUCAGGACCUGCAUGGCUCUGUUCAUCACAGAUGAACAUCGCCAGGAGCACGUCGCGACACACGAAGAAGUAUCCGCUUGUCCCUUCUGUUCGAGGACAUUUUUGCUGAAGAGCAAUCUGCUGAAGCACAUGAACAAGAUACACAUGACCAAAUCCAUAAAAUCUGAACUGCUGGGGUCUGGAGAUUUAAUGGGUAAGGAGAAGCCACUCACAAUCAGUCAGAGGCAGAGCAUUAGGUGUAGAAAGAUGGUGGCCAAGAAGGUCAAAAGAGUUCCGCAAGUUAAGAAGAAUUUCACUUGCAAAUAUUGCAAUGUGCAAUUCGGCGAAAAGAAAAGUCUUUCAAAACAUUUGCAAGACGUUCAUGGCAUUCAUCGCAAGGAAGCCUCGUAUCCUUGUCCGGAUUGCCAUAAGAAAUUCAUGAGUAUCGAAUAUGUGAGAAGUCAUAUGAACAGAUUUUGCCAAAACAGGCUUUUUUGUCCGAUUUGUGAGUACUUUUGCAGGGAAAAGAAUGAACUAUUCGACCACCUUCGCAUUCAUGACAUCAAACUUGGGCCACAAACGCUGUCCAAAUCGAAGCAAAAUCACACAAUCACUAGUUGUAGCAAUUAUUCUGAGACUCCUGGAGAGGAAAUGGUGCUUCUCAAGCUGGAAGCUCCUGAAGAAGAGUGUCAAGCAGAAAUGUUUGACAGUGCGGAUGAUGAAUUCAUUCUCUCAUGA